UUGUAGGUUAAAUAAUCAUUUCCCAGGCUGGAGAGCAUAAAGCACCUUCUCAAGAUACAAUGGCUUGUGAGAGAAAGAGCUAAAGGCAUUUGGGAAAGAACUUUCAAUUGUAGACUGCGUUGGCAUCACUACUAGUUCUUAGUCCGCCUAAUAUUACCAGAGUUUUGAAGACCACAGUAUCCAGGUUUGCCAUGUGGCUCACGGGAAUCCUGGGUUCAGUUUCAACUACAGAGGUCCUAAUUGCCCUGGCUGUUUUCUGUCUCCUCUUCAUUGCCCUCCGGUCCUUCCAGGAACAGAUUCCCCCAGGCCUAAAGAGAAUCCCUGGACCAUGGGGCUAUCCCUUGAUUGGCAACAUGCUGGAAGUGAGGAAGAACCUCCACCUCAGUUUGACUCAAAUGAGGCAGACCUACGGAGAUAUCAUGAUGAUCCACAUCGGGACAAAGCCAGUAUUGGUGCUGAGUGGGUUGGAGACUAUCAAGCAAGCAUUAGUGAGGCAAGGAGAAGACUUCAGGGGACGCCCUGACCUUUACAGCUUCCGCCAUGUGGCAGAUGGCCAGAGCCUGGGUUUUAGCAGAGAUUCUGGAGAGGUGUGGUUCGCUCGCCGGAAACUGGCCCAGAAUGCCUUGAAAACCUUUGCUUCCUCACCCAGUCCCACCUCCUUCUCCACUUGCCUCUUGGAAGAUCAUGUCUCCAAGGAGGUCAACCAUCUGAUUACAAAACUGCAGGAGGUGAUGCUUGCAAAGAACCGUCUUGACCCCUACCAGUACCUUGUGAUCUCUGUGGCCAAUGUGGUUUUAGCCCUAUGUUUUGGCAAGCGUUAUGACUACAAUGAUGAGGAACUCAUUAGCAUUGUGGACAACAACGAAGUGUUUCUGGAAACCACAGCCUCGGGAAGCCUUGCUGAUUUCAUCCCUGCUCUUCGGUAUCUUCCAAACAGCAGCCUGAAAAUGUAUAAGAUGUUCAAUAAGCAGUUUACUCACUUCCUGCAGAAGAAUGUUAAAGAGCAUUAUGAGAGCUUCAGAAAGGACCACAUCCGCGACAUCACUGAUUCUCUGAUUGAGGAAAGUCAAAAGCAGAAAGUGAAAAUUCAGCUUCCAUCUGGAAAAAUUGUGAAUCUUGUCAAUGACAUUUUUGGGGCUGGUUUCGGCACAGUGACUGUGGGGUUGUCCUGGUCCCUUAUGUAUCUCAUCACUUAUCCCGAAAUUCAGAAGAAGAUUCAGGAAGAACUAGAUGUGACCAUUGGCAGAGAACGGAAGCCACGAUUGUCUGAUCGAUCCUUGUUACCUUACACAGAAGCGUUUAUCCUCGAAAUAUUCAGGCACACUUCCUUUGUGCCAUUUACAAUCCCCCACUGCACCACCAGAGAUACCGUCUUGAACGGCUAUUUCAUUCCAAAGGACCUCUGCAUCUUUAUCAAUCAGUGGCAAGUCAAUCACGAUGAGAAUCUUUGGGAAGACCCCUCUGCCUUCAUUCCCGAGCGUUUUCUCACAGCCAAUGGGAAAGAAAUCAACAAGGAUGAAAGUGAGAAAAUCCUGUUGUUCGGUAUGGGGAGACGGCGGUGCAUCGGAGAAGCCAUCGCUCGAAGGGAGAUCUUCCUUUUUUUGACCACUUUGCUGCAAGAAAUGCAAUUCAGCGUUCCUGAUGGGGUGACAGUGGACCUGACCCCUCUCUAUAGCCUCUCCAUGAUGCACAGGCGAUGCGAGCACGUCCAAGUGAAACAGCGUUUUCCAGCAAGGAUGGAUUAAUUGCAGAAAGGACAAAUUGCCAGCCAGCCCGUUGAAGGAAUCUCAGUCUUUUAGGUAUAUUUUUGUAUAGUCUGUCUGGGGAAAAGCUGUGUAUGAACCUAACCAAAGUUAGUAGCCAUGUUUAAACCUAACCAAGGUCUUGGCCAUCAGGAUAGAUGUCGUGGCUGUGAUUUGUAUUGCUACAACUAUAUACUAGGUGAAAAAAACCCUUUCUUUGUGGAAUCCUUGUAUUCCCACUAUUCAACUUCAUUGAAUGACCUGGAUUUCAGGCGUAUUUUCUAAACCUCGAUUCCUUCCACCCCUAGUCUUUUUUUUCCUAAACCAAAACGCCCCAAACUGUUCUGAUAGAAAGCCUUCCUCUUAAGAAAGGGAAAACCAACCUUCCUUUGAUUUCCAAACUUCUAAGGGAAGCAUUCUCCACUAUCUUGGCCAUGAUGGGUUUGGAACAAUCAGGUCACCAAAACAAAGGAACCAAGCUGUUUUAUUUCUGCUGUAAUUUACCUUUCCAGUUCCGGAGGUAACUGGGUUGAUUCAACAGCCAGGCUGGUAAGGUAUGUGGGACUUUGCACGGAUGCACAUCGACACAGAAACUGAACGGCGGGUUGAGUAAUGACUCUGGCCUUUGUCCAAGUCAAAAUUGGAAAGGAGGCCUGCUGUUACUAGAUGAGCACCAGCUUCUUUCUUAUGUAACUGCUUGGUGGCCGACUGUCAGAAAAUAAAACUUGAUACGGUACAAGAGGA